CGUAAUAAAGUUGCUGGAUGCAAUCCCGAGGCACAAUGUGUGGAUCAUGUUCGUCUGACAGACCUGCUCUCUGCUCCACUCCUGCACUCCCACAGCCUGCUGCUCUUCUGAGGUAUCUGUCCUGGUGUAACUGUCAGAGCAUAAUGGUGGCGUUUAAAGGGAUCUGGACCAAGGACUUCUGGAGGGCUGUAUCUGGAGAGUACCUGGCCACUCUCAUCUUUGUCCUUCUCAGUCUGGGCUCCACCGUCAACUGGGCCGCAGGAGAGAAGGAGCCUCCCCGCGCUGACCUGGUCCUUAUCUCAUUGUGCUUUGGCCUCAGCAUUGCCACCAUGGUGCAAUGUUUUGGCCACAUUAGUGGUGGACACAUAAACCCUGCUGUCACUGCAGCUAUGGUUGUGACCAGAAAGCUAAGUCUGGCAAAGGCGUUUUUCUAUGUGGUGGCUCAGUGCCUGGGAGCCAUUACAGGAGCUGGGAUUCUCUACCUAGUCACACCUGCGGCUCUUAGAGGGUCCCUCGGCGUGACCACAGUGAACAUCCCAGUAGGAUAUGGCCUUCUUGUGGAGCUCCUUAUCACAUUUGAGCUGGUUUUCACUGUCUUCGCCACCUGUGACCCUAAACGCACAGACCUCGGGGGCUCUGCUGCCUUGGCCAUCGGCUUUGCUGUGACAAUUGGUCACUUAUUUGCAAUUCCUUACACAGGAGCCAGCAUGAACCCUGCUCGCUCACUUGGCCCUGCGAUUGUCACACUAAACUUUGAGAACCACUGGGUGUACUGGGUGGGACCUAUUCUGGGGGGCAUACUGGCUGCUGGCCUUUAUGAGUACAUGUACUGCCCUGACCCUGAGAAGAAGAACAACCGAAAACUGACCUUCCAGAAGGACCCGUCAGGGAAAUACAGAGAGGUGGAGACGGAGGAUAUUACCAUCAAGCCGGGCUCCAUCCACACCAUCGACCUGGAGAAGGCUGAGAAGAAGGAUCCUUUCCACGACUCGGCGGGAGAGGUCCUCUCCUCUGUAUGACUAUCACGUGCACUGGAAAUGGAGACCAAUCUGUAGACCAGAUUGACAAUCAAACUUUGGAUUAUCUAUCUCUCACCUCUCCCCUCCCCCUUCCGACGACUAAAUCCUCAUCACAGCAGAAUACAUUUUGGAUCAAUGAGACUUUACAGCAGUGCUGAAUUACUCUCAUCGCCAUAAAGCUAAUAUAAUGUUAUGGCUCAAUCCCAUAGUGAACAUCUACACUUCUCACAAGGCCCCC